AUGACACCUAGUGAUAGGAUUACAAAGAAUGUGAAUGAGGUAAAGAAAAUGGGUUUUAAUCCUGUGAGCUGGCAGUUUGUGAUAGCUGUUAAAGCCUUUAGCGCAAUGAGUAUAUCAACCUGGGAGAAAAAGGUUGAAGUUUAUAAGAAGUGGGGCUGUUCUGAGGAUGAGAUUCUCGUGGCUUUUGGAAAAACAGAAAAGGCUCUCUCAGCAUCAAAAAAUGUCAAUUUUGAAACCCCAGACAGACCUAACUCUGUCAUCGCAUUAUUCGAGAACCAUGGCUUCAGCAAAACCCAGAUCUCAAAACUCGUUAUGAUGCUCCCUCGGGUCCUCUUAAGUGAUCCGAAGAAAACCCUUCUGCCCAAACUCGAGUUUUUCAAAUCCAAAUGCGAUUCAAGCUCAGAUGUUGCCAAACUACUAUCUUCAGAGCCAACUAUUCUCAAAAGAAGCUUGGAAAACCAAAUCAUCCCAUCUUUCAAUAUUUUAAAAAAAUUUAUGGGUUCCGAAGAGGAAUUGAUUUAUUGUAUUAAACGCUUUGCCAGGGUUCUCGUUUAUGACCUUCAAGUUUUUGUAAUACCCAAUAUUGAAAUUAUGAGAGAAGCAGGUGUGCCAAAUGCGAAUAUUGUGUCGUUUUUCAAGUACCACCCUAAAAGAUUCAUGACACCUAGUGAUAGGUUUACAAAGAAUGUGAAUGAGGUAAAGAAAAUGGGUUUUAGUCCUGUGAGCUGGCAGUUUGUGAUAGCUGUUAAAGCGUUUAGCGCAAUGAGUAUAUCGACCUGGGAGAAAAAGGUUGAAGUUUAUAAGAAGUGGGGCUGUUCUGAGGAUUAG